AUGGCUGAGGAGGUCAAGAAACUGAGAUCAGCACUGCAGAAAGAGGAGCUUCAAGAGGAGUUAUCUCGCCAGCUGACACUUUUCGAGAAGAUGGCUGUUGAGAAUAACAAGCUAAGAUCGGAUUUGUACAAAGCAAAUGCAAAGUGCAAGGAUUUAGAAGCGAAAAUGGAAGAAUUACGCUCCCGUUCCUCGGACUCACGCCUCUUGAAAUGCGAGUCUGGCAGGGAUCUUAACAGCCAGGAAUCUCCCAGUGGAACUGGUUGUCAGCUGCCAGCUGCAGGACCCAGUUGUUGUUCUAGAAAUUUGGAAGAGAUUCAAACUCUCAGGAAACGACUGACAGAAGCACUUGCAGUGGGAGCGGCUGCUUUCCACGCAGCAGUCAUCCAAGAUGAUGUGGAGAAGUUGAAGAAGCUGCUGGCUAAAGGCUUCGACAUCCAUUCUCAAUAUGUACGGGAACAGACGUCCGGCCAUUUGGUUAUACCUUAUAGGAGGAGGUCUGCAGAACAGUUCCUGGUGGAUGCCAACGCCACAAAUGACUUCCAAGACGAUAAUGGCUGCGCUCCUCUGCACAAAGCUGCAUUCUGGGAGCGUGUGGAAACAUUGAAGAAGCUGCUUGCUACCGGAGCAAAGACGGGUCUACAAAAUAACGAUGGAAAGACGCUCCUACGCUUAGCCCUGGACUCUAGGAAGGUGGCUAUAGCAGAGCUACUUCUGGAAGCCGACGACCUCCAAGAUGGAUCCGAAAAUACACCUCUGUGUCUUGCUGCCAAGGGAGGGUAUGCGAGCAUAGUGAAGAAGCUGUUGUCGAGGGGGGCGAGUCCACACAUCAGGAAUGACGAAAGGCGGCAGCCGCUGAACUGUGCUCUCAUGAGAGGACAUGAUGCCGUUGUGAAACUGAUUCUCGCAAUGUGCGCGUGGAAGGACAUCUCCAUGGACUGGCAGGAGAUGCAACUUCCGAAAAACCAAGUGCAGCGCUACAUGGAGCUGUUCUCCGAUUAUCGUGCCGAGAUCCGGAGGAUGAAAGAAGUCAGGAUCGGCGAGUCGCGAGUGUCCUUCUAUGAUGUCCUGAGGCGACCUGCGAGCAAGGUAGCGCCCUAUCUGCGGAUCGUAGAUAUCCGCCAUGCUUAUCGCUGCAAUAUUGCAACGAGGGUGUUUCCCGAUUAUGCGGACCUCAUCAUUCCGAGAUUGAGGAAGAUUGAGGAGAGGAGGCUCCUCAUGGAUCAAUGUCUGAUCUGUUUCCCCGUCCUCGUCCGACAGCUGCCUCCUUUUCCGUUGACGUGCAUAGACAUCGUGUUAUCCUACCUGGAUGUAGGUGGCAUGCGAAACUUAGUGUUUGCCACACAGUUUGAAUCUUGAAAAUUUGGUGGAAGUGGUGAACAGCAUGAAGAAAGUUGAAGACAGUACAUUCACAUUCAUACCACGUGUUCUGCUCGGUUCUCGACCGUUUCUGGGACUGCAUGCAUUCAUUCCUGCAUGUUUUGGUUUUUGAUUGGAAACUUGACUACACAUUCAUUUGGGCUACACUUGUGGAUAGAUACAUAAAAAAAAAAAAUUCUAAUUCUUCUGUCGACCUUUCAAUGGUAUCCGAAGUUUGACCUUGUUCUUUGCGGCUUCCGUUAUUUUGCAUUGAUUCGACGCCUUUCCUCGUCUGAAGCCCACCCAACCAUUUUAAAAGUUCCCAUUGGAAAGUGAGUACUUCUUUUGAAAUAUAUAAAUGAUCUCCUUUUUUCUCUCUCUCCUGUGUUUGCAUACGAAAGCUGUGUGUUCCACGUGCUGCGUGAAAGUUUUGUUAACUAUUUUUAAUAAUGCAUAAUGAAAAUGAUACAUCACGCAUGUGUUUCAAAAUUCUUUUUCAAGCAUAAGAUAUA